GCGAUCCCCAACUACGAAAAACCGCUUUACGAAAGAUUCGCUUCUAUCUACCACACUUUGUUGGAUCUCAAGAACAACCGUAACAAAUACAUCAACUCCAAACAGGUGUACCAUAUCUACGAGCUGUUUCUCGACUUGCUCCACGAAUUGAAGAUCACGCGUAAGGACGAAGAACUCAAGGGCAUGACAUUGAACUUGCCCAACGCUAACGACUUGUUGAUCGAUGACAUCUGGCAGUUGGUGUCACUCUGUUUCGUCACAUGUGGCUUGAUCAAGUUUGCCCCAGCCACCUAUUCGUCUUUGUCUACUGUCAGCAAGUUGUUGGACCACUUGAGAGGUUGUCAGGUUUACACAUUGGAUGACUUGCAGCCAAUCAAAAGUCGUUUGGAUGAAGUGAAGAGUAUCAUCGAUAACAACAACGAUGAUGACGAUGAAGACGAUGAAGGAAAUUCGCAAAAGAACAUACACAAGAUCGAAGAGAACUUGUUAUUGAGAAACAAGUUGAACAAGUGUGAAGCGUUGUACCGUGAGUUGGAGGCCAACUUUAACAACAUUCCUCUUGAUUUGGAGCAGACUUACAACGAAUUGAUUUCUAUGAGAAAGACCAUAUUGAACUACUUGACCAACUAUGACGACAACGAAGUUGGCCCUGGUUCAUCCAGCUCUCGUUACAACAAGAUUGUAGCCAAAGUCAAUCAGUUCAAGUUGAAACUAAAGGAAAUUGAAUCAACGAGAGACCCCGUAGAUGGCAAGUUCCACAGUAAAGAAAUCAGCGAUUUCGAUGACAAUAAAUUGAACUCAGCGCAGGCUGUUCUCAAUGGUUUAAUUGAUGACUGCAACAAUUUGUUAAGCGACUUGUUGAUCCAAAAUGACACGGGCAAUUUAGGACUCAAAAACAUCAACAAACGAUUCGGUGCCUUGUACCAUCAGCUUCUUGAUCUCAAGGUAACUUUGGAAAACUUGUUGGUCACUAGAAGAUGGACCAUGAGAGAGACGGAUUUGUACACGUACCAGAAAUCGCUUAAGAGCAUCGACGACGAGAGAAUAGCGUUGAACGAUCAACAUUUGCGUAAGAACCACAUCCUCAUAUUGUAUCUUUUGAGAAGAUGCUAUGCCUUGAUCUACAAGCUUUUGGAAAGUUCUGAGCCUGUCAGUGAAUCGUUGCAGCCGAUCCAUAACCAGCUCUCUACUGUUAGAAAGUGUUUAUUAGAAAUCAAGAGAGUAGAUGGCUUGAACAACCUCAGAGAGUUGUACCCAUUCCAGUUCAAAUUGGCAUCGUUAGACAAUUUGAGAAGCGAUGGUAAGUUUAUCAUCAACAACACCAUUCCUGAAGGACAAGGGACGUUGAACGCGUUACUUGCUGAGUGUUUUGAUAUCAUCUACGAACUCAAGAUAGAGUUAGAGGAAAAGGAGGACAAUGAAGACAUCGAAGAAGAUGAUCCCGCUGCUGUCUCGAAAAUGACAGAUGACGAAGACAUUCAAUCAGACGAUGAAGUUGAGUUGAAGAGAAAGAGAUUCAUGGGCUUCAACGAGGCUGAUUACGACCAGGAAUCCGAGUCUGCUUUUGACGAUGACGAUUACAGCUUGAGCGAGUCAGAGUUCGAGGGUAACGACUACUACUGA